AUGCCGCCCAACUUCUUUCAGAAGCCUGAAACUGCUCUCAAGCGAGCACAGGAGCUGAUUCAGGUUGGAAAGGAGUCAGAUGCCCUUGAUACACUGCACGAUACCAUAAAGGCAAGGCGAUAUAAACAAUGGACUCAGACACACGAGCAGAUUAUGAUGAAGCAUGUGGAAUUGUGUGUUGUGCUGAAGAAACCUCAUGUUGCUAAAGAUGCUUUGUUUCAGUAUAAGACACUUACACAUCAGGUGGCGGUUAAAUCCCUAGAAACUGUUAUUGAGCACUUUUUACAAAUGGCCGAGCAGAAAACUGAAGAGGCACAAAAAACAUCUAUUGAAAAAGUAGAGGAAAUUGACGAUCUUGACCAAGGAGAUGUUCCAGAAACCCUUCUUCUGUCGGUUGUUUCUGGAGCGGCUGCCCAAGAUCGUAUGGACAGAACGGUGCUUGCCCCUUGGUUACGAUUUUUAUGGGAUUCGUAUAGGAAUUGCCUCGAGUUGUUAAGGAAUAAUGCACAGGUUGAACAUCUGUACCAUCGCAUAACAAGAAAGUCUUUCCAAUUCUGCUCAAAAUACCAGCGUCGAACGGAGUUUAGAAAAUUGUGCGAACUGCUGCGAUUACAUCUAAAUCAGAUUCAAAAACAUCAGCAUUUGGCUCAUGUCGUGAAGUUAAAUUCGCCGGAGUCCUUGUCAAUGAUGCAGGAGACACGUCUUUGCCAGCUGGACACUGCAAUACAAAUGGAGCUUUGGCAAGAAGCAUAUCGUAGUGCAGAAGAUGUUCAUGGUAUGAUGCAGCUUAGCAAGGACAAGGAUAAACGCAUGGUGAAACCUGCUAGCUAUGUGAAUUAUUAUGAUAAGGAUAUGAAGAGGUCGUUCACUGCAGAUGAAGCUCAAGAACAAGCGAGUCGUGUUUUACUUGCAACGCUAUCUAUACCAGACGGAGCUGAUGCUCCUUCAGACCUUACUCGUCAUCUAGAUAUCGAGGAUCAACAUCUCACUAACAUACGGUUGCUUUCAAAUUUGCUUCGCCUCCCAAUCGCACCUACGCGUGCUGGAUUAUUGAGAGAAGCUGCCCGUCUCGGGGUUCCAGAAAUGGCUUCGGAGUCAACCAACGCGUUGUACAAGCUGUUAGAGAAUAACUUUGCUCCUCUCAGACUAGCUAGAGAAGUUGAAGCUCAGCUGGCUCAGAUUGAUCGACCCGAUCAUCUUCAGUAUGUUGACGCGCUCAACGAAGUCGUUGCUACAAAGGCCUUGAAACAAAUAUCAGUGAUCUAUGAUUCUAUUAGUUGGACUCGUAUAAAAAAGAUUAUUCCAUUUUACAAUGAGAUGGAGCUGGAGCGCCUUGUAGUUGAUGUUAGCAAACAUCGAUUUGUCAAGGCCCAAAUCGAUCACCGUAGCGGGUGUAUUCGCUUUGGAGCGGCCGACGCUACUCUAGCAGGAGGAGUUGACCUAGAAGAAGCGAAUGGAUUCACGGGUGACGAUACUCAGUUGGGCGUUGAAGGAAUACGUACUCAUCUUGAGGUUAUGUAUAACAAGUUACGAUCUACUGUAGAGCUCUUAGAUGGCGACAAGCGUACUGAAGCUCUCAUAGCUAGGGUCAAACACCACGCAAUCAAUUACGAGCGAACGAAAAAUAGCAAGCAAGAGACAGAUCGCAUACUGGAACGUCGUCGAAAGAUCGAGUAUUAUAAGGAGACAUCAGAGCGAGUCAAAGCAGAACGUUCACAGCAAGCUGCAGCUGAACUGGCGAAACGCGAGGAAGCCAAACGUGCAGAAGAAAUGAAGCGCUUGGAGCAAGAGAACAUCGAAAGCGAAAAGAGAAGACGACAAGCAGAGCAGGAAGAAGUGCAAAGGAAAAUCAAACAAGAUCAACUACGUAGAAUGCAGAAUACUGCGAUUUAUCAAGCCAUUAUCAGGGAGAAAGGAGAACAGGUGUUUAAGGACAUGGAUCCUGAAGCUGUGCUUAGGGAACAGCGUCAACGACUGGAUAAAGAACGAAUGGAAACGCAACGUCGUCUUCAACAGCAAGACAAAACUUUCGAUCAUCAUGUAAGAGCAGUGCAUCUUGAGGAAAUGUUAGAAAGGAAAGCUGUGAUGAUGAAGCGUUUACAAGAAGCUCCAAAGUUGCACGAGAAGUAUGAACAAAAAAGGAUUCAGAAAGCAAUAGAUGAUCAUAACCAUGCAGUUUGCACAUGGGAGCGCUUGGAAGAAAUACGAGAAGACGCAAUGGAUUGGAUUUCCCAGGUUAAAUCUUCAAAUGCCGAAGAUUUUGCCAAGAAGACUGCGGACUGGACUAGCAAACUGAAUGCUGUUCGAGCUGCUCGUCUUCAAGAAAGGUCCGAGAAUCGCAAGAAGGAAAGACGCGAGAAAUGGAUACGAAAUAAACUGGAAGAGGAGCGUCGUCGCCGCGAAGAAGAGGAACGACAACGUCAACAACUGAUAGAUGAACAACGAAGAGCAGCGAGGGAACCACGGGGUCCUAAUCGUCGCGAAAUGGAUAUGGAUUCUAAAGCUAUGGCAGAUUCGGAUUGGCGAGGAGGAGGAGGUCGAGAACGACCAAUGAUGGCUAAUCGCCCGAUACCGAGUCGCGAUCGGGACCGCGAUUUUGGAGAUCGGCCUCCUAUGCGAGAACGAGAGAAUAUCAUUUCCCAAGCUGAUAGGGACGAUGCCUGGAGAAGCGGUAUGGGAAAUGUCGCACCGCCACCCUCAGGAUUCCGUGAGCGUGAACGACCUACACGUGAGUUUCAUCCGUCGAUUCGUUUCGUUGCCUGCAUUCUCUUUUACUUUUUAGCACCUCCACCAGCGAGCAUCGCGGACAAAGAUGUCUCAUGGCGAAGUGGCAUGGGAAGUGCGCCACCUCCUGCACCACACCCGUCUGAUGGUCCAAUGCGAAGGGCUCCACCAGUUAGUACUGCUCCAUCAGAAGGAAUGUGGACUCGAGGAAAUGUUGUCAAGAAAGAUCCAUUGCCUCCCAGUGUAGCGCCUCCUAACAAACCUGCUGAAGGAGGGAAGUUUAUACCAUCCAGGCUUAGAAAUCAAGCGCAACAAGGAGGAAUACCACCUCGAGACAUGGGUCCGAAUCGUCCAGAGCCUAGGCGAAAUCAACCCCGAGGAACUGGUGCUGAAAGUGACACGAAUUGGCGGAGGAAGUGA